UUCAUUUAAUAUUUUGCCAAAUUUCGUUACGCCGCGACGCAUUGCAUCGCUAUGUCAUGCAGAGUACUUUUCCGGGGUUCUCUGCAAACUCCAUGUGCAUCGCUCCCGCCGCCGCCAUCGCCGGCUUUCUCUCGUGCAUCGAGCAGUGCCUCGUCACCAGAAACCUCAAGCUCAGUGUCUGCCUCCACGCUGGCCUCAUCAAGUCCGCCUUCAACCGCCACACACUCCUCGGCAACCGCCUCGUCGAGCUCUACUCCAAGUUCCGAUCCCUCCGCUGCGCAGAAUCCGCAUUCCACGACCUCCCCUUCAAGAACCACCAAUCCUACAACAUCAUGUUGGCUGCUUAUUGCCGUGCCGGUCGCAUCGACCUUGCACACCAACUGUUCGAUCGAUUACCUGACCAACACCUCGUUAGUUAUAACACCAUGAUUCUGAGCCUAGCACGGCAAGGCUUUCAUAGACAGGCUCUUGAUCUCUUCCGCCGUAUGCUGAAGCACUUUGUCGUCAUGGAUGAGUUCACAGUUGUUAGCGUUUGUGCUGCCUGUACCGGGCUGUGUUUCUUGAAAUCUCUCCGGCAGUUGCAUGCAUCCGUCAUUGUUUCUGGACUUGAAUUCAAUCUUAUAAUGUCAAACGUCAUGAUCGAUUCGUAUGGGAAGUGUGGAGACGUCGACUCGUCUCAGCACGUGUUUGAUCAAAUGGAAAGGAGGGAUGUUGUUACUUGGACUUCAUUGGUUGCAGCUUACACUUCAGCACGUAGACUUCAAGAGGCUCGGGCAGUAUUUUUUAGCAUGCCAGAGCGUAAUACUGUUUCCUGGACAUCGUUGAUUUCUGGGUAUGAGCAGAACAAGGAGGAGGAGGCAGCACUGGAGCUCUUCGAGCAGAUGAUGGCGAAAGGGUUUGUUCCAAAUCCAUUCACAGUGGUGUCUGUUUUGAGUGCUUGUGCAAGUUUAGGAUUCACUGAGCGAGGAAGACAAGUGCAUGGGUUUAUUUUUCGAAGGUGCAUAGGUUUGGACACCUUCAAUGUCUUUGUUUCCAAUGCCCUGAUUGACAUGUAUGCUAAGUGUGGGAAUAUGGUCUCAGCUGCUUCAUUGUUCCACUGGAUGCCCAAACAUGAUAUUGUUUCAUGGAAUUCGAUUAUAACAGGCUAUGCACAGAAUGGACAUGGAAAGCAAUCGCUUGAUGUCUUUGAAAAGAUGGUGACAGAGGGUGUAAGACCAAAUCAUGUUACAUUCUUGGGGGUUCUUUCUGCUUGUAGUCAUGCAGGGUUUGUCUCAGAGGGAUGUCGGAUACUAUGUUUGAUGGAGAAAGAAUAUGGUGUCUGCCCUAGGGAUGAACAUUUUGCCGCCUUCAUUGAUGCGCUUGGGCGCAAAUGUCAAAUCAAAGAAGCCAUGGACUUCAUAGAGUGUCUAUCUUGUGAAUUUGUUCCAGCAAGUGUAGCGACAUGGGGAGCACUCCUUGGAGCUUGCCGAGUGCAUGGGAACUUGGAAAUUGCAAAGAGAGCUGCUGAGUCACUCUUUAUGUUAGAUCCUAAAAAUGGAGCUAGAUAUACUCUGUUAUCCAACGUCUAUGCUGCAGCUGGCUUGUGGGAUGAUGCUCGACGGAUCAAAGUGCUCAUGAAGGAAAAAGGAUUGAAGAAGGAUCCAGGUUACAGUUGGCUAGAGUUGAGGAAUGGAAAGCACAUGUUUGUAGCUCGUGAUACAUCACAUUAUGAGACAGAGGAUAUUUACAGGUUGCUUGCUACUCUGGUUGAUCAUAUCAAAGAUGAAAGAGUAAUAGUAGUAGAAUGAAGAAAUGCCAGAUUGCUGUUGGCAAUGUAAAGAAUACAUCAAUUCAUCAGUUCUUCUCAAUAAAAAUUAGUCUAUGCCAUGCUGUAGCUACUUGAAGCGAUUUCUACUGGUGCUAUGUUGUAAGUCUUGACCUUGAACACUAUCUGGUAUCAUCAGGACGUCACGGAGCAUCCAUGCCCCCUGAGAUCUUUGGUGCAGACGUGCAGCCGUGCACUACACAGGUGGCGAGCUUCACCUUUAUUCUUCCAAGGAGGGCACCCCUUAUUCUUCCUGGUGGUACACAUCUCCUAAAUCUAUGAAGAGUGGAGUAGCACAAACAAAGUUAUCUUUGUUUCUAGUAGACUUAGCAAUCAUUGCUUGAUUUUAGGACACCAAGCAGAAACAUUUGCACACAAAGAAAGUGAUACUCUUCAAGUUUAGCAACGUACCCACUACGGUGCAGUCUAUUGCUUGCUUCGGAGACAAGAUUGGGCAAUGGUGAAGGGUGACGUGCUUGUUGAAGAGGCAUGACAUGGGAAAUUAAGUUUUUUUUUAAGCAUAUCUGAUUUUAGAAAAAAAUGGUCAAAAUGUUUUAUUGUGAUCAUAAUUAUGUUUUUUUUUUGUUUGUGUAGAUUUACCCUAUUCUAGAAGGUCUGACGGUCGAGGUUUAAUAACCAUAUAGUGCUUGUGUGGAAGCAAUGUAGAUUUUAAACUAGACUAAUAAUCAUAUGUUUAUGUUAUCUUAUUA